ACCCAUGCAGAUUGGAUUUGUUUUUGUGUUUAGCGAGGACCAAAAAGACCAACGCACCCUCGUUUUAUUUAUGAUCACUAAUAUAUUUGAGCCGUUGUUAGCGUCCUAGUAAUUUGUGUUGAAAGUAUCAUUAGUUAAGUUAGCAGGUGUUACCGAAUGUCAGGACAACCUAUCUUGCUAGCUGCAUUAGCUUACUCGUGGACGUAUGAGCUCACUAUUUGUGUGGGUAGUUAACUGUCUUGUCAAUUCAUUUCGGCUGUAUUACCACCACCGUCAUCAUCAGUAACAAUGUCUGGAAGUCCUGCUGUGGUCAUGCGGCUAGUGGCCUCUGCCCACACUGUGGCUGAAAAGGCUGGGGCCAUUGUGAGGAAGGUCCUUCACAGUGGAGAACUUGGCAUUGUGGAAAAGACUGGAGCUAAUGAUCUGCAGACGCUGGCAGACAGACUGGCACAGCAGAGCAUUUGUGCGUCACUGUCCAGACAUUUCCCCAAAAUCACCAUCAUUGGAGAAGAGGAGCUUCCAGCUGAGGAGAUAAAAGAAGAUCUCAUUGAGGGCGGCCACUCAGAGGAAAUCCUCCAGAAGACGUGUCCAGCGGAAUAUAGCGGGCUGAAAGAGGAGGAGCUAGUUGUGUGGGUUGAUCCCCUCGAUGGCACAAAGGAAUAUACUGAAGCGUCGAGGUGUCACCAUCACCAAACUGAGGCCCAGAUACCAAACAAAGGGUCGGACACCUCUCGGCCUCACAGCACAGCUCUCUGGCUCCUGGAUAAUGUGACAGUGCUUAUUGGUAUUGCAUACGAAGGCAGAGCUAUUGCAGGUGUCAUCAACCAGCCUUUCUACAACUACCAGCUUGGAGCAGGAGCAUCUUUAGGAAGAACCAUGUGGGGAAUGCUGGGAUUGGGCGCUUUUGGAUUUCAGCUGCAGGAAGUUCCAGGUGACAGACGCAUCGUCACCACCACACGUUCCCAUAGCAACAAGCUGGUAACAGACUGUGUAAACGCCAUGGAGCCUCAUGAAGUUAUAAAAGUGGGGGGUGCUGGGAACAAGAUAAUCCAGCUUGUUGAAGGAAAAGCUUCUGCUUAUGUCUUCGCCAGUCCAGGGUGCAAGAAGUGGGACACCUGUGCUCCUGAAGCCAUUCUGCAUGCUGUUGGAGGUAAACUGACUGACAUGCAUGGCAAUGCAUACUGCUAUAAUGCUAACGUAAAGCACAUGAAUUCUGCUGGCAUUCUUGCUACGCUACGCAACCACGAGUACUACGUCAGCAGAGUACCACAGUCAGUGCUGCAAGCCCUCAAAUCAGAUUGAGGUCUGUCUCCAUCAGAAAUCACACUAAUGUCCCUCCACAAAUGCAGAAACCUUUUUGUGUCUGAAAAUGUAAUUAAAAUCUGAACAAAAGAAGAACACGAUCAUAUCAAAGUCACAUUGAACAUAGUGAACUAACAUGUUUUUGUGUCAUUGAGCAUUACUCAACACUUAAUUAACCAGAAACACACAGAGCAAGCUUAAGAGCACUUCCAUUUAUUUCACUCUUUUCAAACAAACUAACAAAUCCCAGACGUCUUAACAUACUGUUUCCAACUUGAAGACCAAUAGAUUUACAAGGCAAAAGGCAAGAUUUAAAUAAAUAAAAAAUACAUUGGUCAAAUGAUUAUUAAGGAGUUGGAAAUGAUUCACUUCAUUCAAUAACCGCUUAGUGGAAACACUAUAAUUUAACUAGCCAACAACAAACAAAAUGCCAUCGUCUUGCCUUGAUAAUUUUGACCUCUUUACAAUGUCAUGCGAUGACUGGAAGUGCAACAAUGUUUAGUAUGUGAGAAGUCCACAUCUACAACUGUGAAGAUGAAUAUACUGGCAACUAUUAAUUCCAUACUGUACGUCAAUUUCUGCCGGGGUCUUCCUAUUUCUUUCAUUUACCUUCUUCUCUUGCACUGGCGUCUCUACUUUUCUACACACCUACUGUACUCACCAGACUAAAGGACAUACUCAAAGUGCUCACUGGUUCCCACACUGAAUUCACAUCAGAAUUGAAAAUGAAACUGUUAUGCCAUUGCAUUGCUGUUUUCCCAUUUGUUUAUACCAACAAUGGAAAUGCUGCUCUUUAACCAACACAAAUGGUACUUCAGUGAUGUGAGGGAUUAAAAAGUUUGAGCUUGGUAACACUAAUCUAAUGUAGAGCAUCUACUGUACAUGAAUGCCCUAGUAAAAAGGUACAGCAUAGAUUGGCUGUGUCCUUUUUAAAAGUUCAAAUAGGCUUGAAUGGCCUUUUGUUUAUGCUUGCAUAUGGCAAGAUUGUUGCAUUAUUUCCUGCACUUAUAUCAUCAAAAUCUUAAGAUUUUAUUGACAUCUCUUUGGGGAGAAAAAAACAUUCUUAAGUCAUAGGGUAGUCAGCAAUGUCUAACUUGCGAUUCUUAAAGGAACAAUUUGACAUUUUGGGAAAAUCGCUUACUUGCAGAGAGUUAGAUGGGAAGAUCAAUUCACUAAUUACCAUGUCAUAGCUUUGAUUGUUUGUUUGCUCCGUAC